ACCAAACGCGCUUUACUCUCUUGUUCUCUUUUUCUUUCUUCUCUUCGCUUCUCUCUUUUUGAAAUUGUCAUCCUCAGUCCUUCCACUCCUAUCCGCUACUUUUUCUCUUAUACUUACACCCCACCGAGUUUUGUACAUUUCCAUUCUUCAUUCAUCCCUCCAUCUGCCAUGACCGCACUCAAGACUAUUCAUCCCAUUCCAGAGUUCCCGCUUCAAGGAAUCCUUCCAAAGGAGGAAACUGAGGCAGCUUCUUUCUUAAAGAAAUAUCCUAACUAUGACGGACGCAACACCAUCAUUGCAAUUCUUGAUACCGGGGUCGAUCCAGGCGCUGCAGGUCUUCAGGUUACAUCCGAUGGCAAACCCAAAAUCAUCGACAUUGUCGAUUGCUCCGGCUCUGGCGAUGUUCCCACAACCACAAUUGUGAAGCCUACAGAGGAGGAUGGGGUCCCCGUUAUCACUGGUUUAACAGGCCGUAAACUGCGUCUAAGCAAGGAUUGGAAGAAUCCGACAGGCGAGUACCGCAUCGGUAUCAAGCGUGCAUUCAAUCUAUUUCCUGUAGAACUAACAGAUCGUAUCAAAAAGGAACGUCUGGCAGAAUUCCAGAAGAAGCAUUUUUUGCUCGUGGCCAAGAUUCAAGAUGAACUUGCCGCUUUCCUCGAGAGCCAUCCCACUUUAACAGAGGAGGAACAACGCACAAAAGCUGAUUUUAAUGCACGUCUUGAGGCCCUCAAGGACUCACUUAAGAACUAUUCUGAUCCAGGUCCAGUCUAUGACUGUGUCGUUUUCCAUGACGGCGAGGUCUGGCGUGCAGUGAUCGAUACCAAUGAGGAUGGUGAUCUUAGAGAUGCCCCUGUAUUGACCGACUAUAAGAUCGAGCGUCAGUACGCAACCUUCAGUAACCAGGACAAGUGCAACUAUAGUGUCAAUAUCUACGACAGCGGUAAUAUGCUCUGUAUCGUUGUCAUUGCUGGAUCGCACGGCACCCAUGUUGCAGCCAUCACUGCCGCCAACCACCCCGACGAGCCAGCUUUGAACGGUGUUGCUCCUGGAGCUCAGAUCGUGUCCAUCAAGAUUGGUGACAGUCGCCUUGGCAGUAUCGAGACCCAUCAUGCGCUCACCCGUGCCGUCAAAGUUAUCAUUGACGAUAAAUGUGAUCUUGCCAACAUGUCUUAUGGUGAGGCUGCAAGCUACCCUAACAUUGGUCGCUUUGUCGAACUCAUUCGUGAAGAAGCUGUAGGCCGUCAUGGAUGCAUUUUUGUUUCAUCUGCGGGUAACGCUGGUCCCGCUUUAAGUACUGUGGGUGCACCUGGCGGCACGUCUUCUGGUUUUGUUGGCGUCGGUGCUUAUCAAAGCCAUGCUAUGCAACAGGCCGAAUACGCCUUGUUCGAAUCUGUCCCCGAGAGACCCUACACUUGGUCUUCCCGUGGCCCUACUUUCGAUGGUGAUGUCGGAGUUAGUAUUUAUGCUCCUGGCGCUGCCAUUACCUCAAUCCCAGAAUAUGAACUUUCAAGGUUCCAACGCAUGAAUGGUACUUCGAUGAGCUCUCCCAAUGCUUGUGGUUGUAUUGCUCUCAUUCUUUCUGGAUUGAAGGGUGAGAAGAAGUCCUAUACUCCUUACCGUGUUCACCGUGCCUUAGUUAAUACUGCCAAGGAUAUUCAGGAUCAAUUCCGUGUUGGAUUCCUUCAGGUUGAAAAGUCCUUUACUCAUCUCCUAACCUACCACGAUUACGAGGAGCAAGACGUUGAUUACGACAUUCAAAUUGUUGAGCGUGACAAUGCUCGUGGCGUCUAUUUGAGAGAAUGGGAAGAGUGUAACAAGGCACACACUUUGACCGUCAAAGUCGAACCAAAGUUCAUGAAAGAUAUUGAUUACAACAAACCUGACAUCAACGAGAAGAAGCUCGCAUUCGAGUGCCGAAUUGCACUUGUUCCCACUGAAAGCUGGGUCCGUGUCCCCGAGUUCCUAUUCCUGAAUGGAGCACAACGCCAAUUCGAGAUCAAAGUUGAUCCAACUCAGCUCACGGCUGGCUCAGUUCAUUUCGCAGAGAUUCAGGCCUUUGAUUCUUCCUGCCCUGCGCGCGGUCCUGUAUUCAGUAUCUAUGUUACUGUUGCUAAGCCCAUGGGAUUGACUACUCAGUCUUAUAUCAAGUUUGAGAAUAUUCAGUUUGGUCCUGGCCACAUUGAGCGACGUUUAAUCUAUGUUCCUGCUGGCGCCACCCAUGCUGACGUUAUCAUCCGUAGCUCCAGUGGGGUCCAUGUUCCCCAACAUGCUGCCAAGUUCGUCGUCUAUGCUGCUCAAUCGGUGCCCCAUCUGCGCAAUGAUUACACCAAGCAAGGUUACAUGAUCCGUCUUGGCAAAGGAAGCUAUGCUGAGGCUGGAGCUGAAGAGCAGUCUGAAAUGAAGCGUUUCUCGGUCUAUAGUGGCCGUACGUUGGAGCUUUGCCUCGCUCAGUACUGGGACAGCCCCGGUGCUCACUCUGUCACUGUUGAGUUGACCUUCCAUGGUCUGCAGCUGAGUGGAUCCACUAGUGGACCCCGUACCGUCUUUAUCAAUGGCGCUGAUCAUAUUACUCGCUUCCAUGUGACUGCGCCGAUACGUCGCGAGGAGGGUCUUUCGGCCAGUAUUUCAUUAGAUACACUCCGUAAAUCGAUUCGUCCCUCUGAGAGCACAAUCAAACCUUUGGUCCGUGAUCGUGACAGUUUGCCUAAUUCUCGCCUCAUGUACAACUUGAUCACAACCUACCCAUUCAAAGUCGAGGCUUCUGGCAAGGAAACAGUCACUGUUACGCCUCGCUUCCCAAGCUUAAACGAUCUCCUGUACGACUCUCCACUUGAGGUUCUUAUCAUUGUCUCGGACCUCAACAACAAGGUUGUUGGGUAUGGUGAUGUUUAUGUCAAGCGCUUCAAGCUGCCCAAGGGUGAAUAUAACUUGCGUCUUCAGAUUCGUCACGAGAGCGAAGAGAUUCUUGAGAAGUACCGUCACCUCCCUGGGAUUUUCGAUUUCAGCCUUACCAAGGCUCAGACACUGGAGGUCUCUGGUCAUUGGCCCGAUGCUUUGGCAGGUAAAAAGAAUGCCUUCCCUAGCGUCGUAGAGCGUGGCGAUACCAGGCCUGCAUUUGUCAUUUCUUCUUCCGAGCACCCUAAGGGUGCCAAGCCUGGCGACUUUUUGGUCGGGGAGUGGAAGUGGGGUAUUCCAAAGGUAGAUGGCCCGCCUCUAUCCCGUGUCGUCUAUGCUAUCCCUCCAGAGCAGAUCCCGAUCAAGGAGGAGACAGUUGAGCUCGAGGAGGAGGUUGAUGUCUCACAACAACUGGCUGAUCAGGUCCGUGAUGCACAGAUUGCAUGGUUGAAGAAGAGCGGCACAGCUUAUAAGACAGAUAAAGACAAAGAGGCAGCAGCUGCAACCAGAAAGAAACUAAUUGCUCAGAUCGAGGCUGCAGGCCAUGGAAAGCAUUUGCCAUUCUUGUUGGCUCAGUUGGAUGUUGCAUUAGCCCUUGCUGAGAAUGCGAAUGAGGCACAAAAGGAGGAGAGAUGGAGGGAGGUACUUGCAACUGCAAGCAAAAUCACUGGUGCAAUUGAUGAAGCAGCAUUGGCUCAGUACUUUGGUCUCAAGCAAGUUACACUUCAUGGCAAAGCUGAGGCCGAACAAAAGAAGAUCAAGAAGGAGAAGGAAGAAACCAAGAAUGCGUUGGUCGCAGCAUUGAAGGCCCGAUGCCUUGCCCUGGUUGCUCUUAAGCAGGACUCGGACGAGGCCUACAACCAUUUGAGCCAGUGGAGUGAAGGUACAGGUGUGACUGACUGGAAAACCGUUGGAGUUUACUUGGAGCGUGAGCGUAAACAUGGUAAUUUUGGACUGGCUCUCCAGCGUGUCAACAGCUGGUUGAGUGAACAAGGAAGCGGCACACGUGAGAGCGUUGGUAAUAUCAAAGCUGCCAUCUCGACGCGCCGUGAACUUUUACGCGAGCUGGGAUGGUCGGUCUGGGAGGAAUAUGAGCUUAGCUGGGAUGGUAUUCGUUUGCCCAAGGCGCCGGCUACUUUUUAAAUGAUUCACACUGCAGCCAGCAUGUAUGAGCAAGAGAAUUUGUUAAUAAUAUUUAAAUCAAAUGUAUAAAUAUAAACUGUGAAAG